GAGUGGUAUGAAACAAGCUAAUCUUAGUAGAGGAAACGACUUUACUACGGCGUUGGCGAUGGGUGUGUUUCCGGAGUAGAUGACGUUGACGGUCAAAAUCGAAAGACUUCAGAAAGACCGAUGUCGAGCUAGCAAGCAUGCUUAUUUGCUAACGUUAGCUUGCUUGCUAACUGGCUGCACAGCAGGUAAACCCACCAUCGAGAAGAAGGACCGUGUCAUUCAUGACGACCUGCUUAGCAACCGCAACCAUGACGACGCAGAUAACUUUGAUUAUGACCAUGAAGCGUUUCUUGGACAGGAUGAGGCCAAGACCUUCGAUCAGCUCACACCUGAAGAGAGCAAGGAGAGAUUGGGUAUGUUGGUAGAGCGUAUAGAUGAGGAUAGGAAUGGUUAUGUGUCAGUAGAGGAGAUGAAGAAGUGGAUCAAACACAGUCAGAAGAGGUGGAUCUAUGAUGAUGUGGACCGCCAGUGGAAAGGUCAUGACCUUAACGGAGAUGGACUGGUGUCCUGGGAGGAGUACACAAAUGCUACAUACGGAUACAUGCUGGAUGAUCCAGACCCAGAAGAUGGCUUCAGCUACAGACAGAUGAUGUCACGUGAUGAGAGGAGAUUCAAAAUGGCUGACCUGGACGCUGACCUGAAUGCCAAUAAAGAGGAGUUUACAGCCUUCCUCCAUCCUGAGGAGUAUGACCAUAUGAAGGAUAUAGUUGUACUGGAGACCAUGGAGGACAUUGAUAAAAACGGAGACGGCUUCAUAGAUCUGGAGGAGUACAUAGGUGACAUGUAUAACCAGGAGGGUGAUCCUUCAGAGCCAGAGUGGGUGAAGACAGAACGAGAACAGUUUACUGAGUUCAGAGAUAAAAACAAAGAUGGCCGCAUGGACAGGGAGGAGACCAGAGACUGGAUCCUCCCUUCAGACUACGACCAUGCAGAGGCAGAAGCCAAACACCUGGUCUACGAGUCAGAUAACGACAAGGACGGCCGUCUGACCAAGGCAGAGAUCGUAGAGAAGUAUGACCUCUUCGUUGGCAGCCAGGCUACUGACUUUGGAGAAGCCUUGGCAAGACAUGAUGAAUUCUAAUCCUCCACUUCCCACACAGGGUUGGGCUCAAUUCAGUCAUGGAGUUGAAAUCCCAAUUAAAAAGAAGUGCACUAUAUGGAGAAUAGGGUGACGUUUGAGACGGAGCGUUUCACUCCAAUGCCUAGGAUAAUAAUUGGAUUUCCUGGCCUAUUAUAGUGAAUACAUCACUUUGUACUAAGUAGUGUACGAGUUUGGACAUCAAGACACACCUCCUGGUUUGGCUCCACCUCCACCAUCCUCUCGUCCAAUCCGGACAAUGGAAAGGAUAUACAGUAUUUCCUUUGUCUUCGUUUGCAGAUCAACUUUGUUUUUGUAAAAAGUGACAGAAUACAGAUGUUAGUGUUUGUUUUGGUAGCCUUGUUUGAACAGUGUGUCAGGUGUGCAAUGAAGGGCAGAACUGUGCAUCUUGUGGUCAUUUCAGUUUUCAAUUCAGGAAGUGAGUAAAAAUUCAAUAGAAAACAAACUGAAUUGAUCCCAACCCUGGUAUGUGUUCUGCUAUGCACUAUGAUGGGGAGAUGUACAGUGCCCUCCACUAAUAUUGGCACCCUUGGUGAAUAUGAGCAAACGGGCUGUGAAAAAAAAAAAAAUGUAUUUGUUUAUCCUCAUGGUCUUUCUUUCAAAAUAUUCACACAAAUCUAACCUUUAAUUAAAGUAAAAUAAUUUGAAAAAAAUAUAGAGAAAUAUUUGCUUUAUGUGUGCCACAAUUAUUGGCUCCCCUUCAUUCAAUACUUUGUGCAACCUCCCUUUGUCACGAUAACAGCUCUGAGACUUCUCCUAUAAUACGUAAUGAGGUUGGAGAACACAUGGCAAGGGAUCUGAGACCAUUCCUCCAAACAGAAUCUCUCCAGAUCAUUCAGAUUCUGAGGUCCAUGCUUGUGGACUCUCUUCAGCUCAUCCCACAGGUUUUCUAUGGGGUUUAGGCCAGGGAACUAGGAUGGCCAUGGCAAAACCUUGAUUCUGUGGUCAGUGAACCAUUUUUGUGUUGAUUUUGAGUAGUGCUUUGGAUCAUGUACUGCUGGCCAUGGCCCAGUUUAUAUCUGCUGGUACUUGUCCAUGAUACCAUGUUUCCUAAAAAGUUGUCCAGGACCUUUGUAAGAAAAACAGCCCAACAACAUCAAAGAUCCACCACCAUACUUCAUAGUGGGGAUGAGGUACUUUUUUACAUGGCUAUCUUUCGGUCUAUGCCAGACCUACCUCUGGUGUUUGUUUCCAAAAAGCUCUAAUUUGGUCUCAUCUGACCCUAGAACCCAGUUCCAUUGAAAGUUCCAGUAAAGUUUUGCAAAAUGUAGGCACUUGAGUUUGUUUGAUAGCAAAGGCUUUUAUAUGGCAACCCUCCCAAACAACUUGUGGUUAUGUAGGUGUGUCUGAUUGUAGUUUUGGAGACUUUCGGACCCCAAGACCCAACUAACGUCUGCAAUUCUCCAGCUGUGAUCCUUGGAGAUUUUUUUGGCCACUCGACCCAUCCUCACUGUGCGUGUGGUCAAUAUAGACACACGUCUUCUUCCAGGCUGAUUGUUAACAUCUCCUCUCCAGUUGCUUUAAACUUCUUAAUUAUUGACCUGAUAGUGGAAAUAGGCAUUUUCAACCAUUGAGCUAUUUUAUUAUAGCUAUUUCCUGAUUUGUGCAGCUCAAAAACCUUUUGUCACAUCAUUACUGUAUUCUCUGGUCUUUCCCAUAGUGAUUGAUGGGGAUUUGGCCUGUGUGUCACCUCAUAUUUAUACCCCAGUGAAAUGGGAAUUCAUGGCUUACCACUUGUGUUCCUAAUCACUCAGGUAAACUUAAUGUAAAAUAUUAACGUGAAUAUACUUCAUUUAGAUUUUACUUAUAAGAAUUUCUAGGAGUGCCAAUAAAGGCUCGAGGGGGUGUAGUAUAUGGCCAAUAUACCACGGCUAAGGGCUGUUAUUAUGCGCAACGCAGAGUGCCUGGAUACAGCCCUUGCCGUGGUGCCUUAUUGCCAUUAUAAACUGGUUACCAACGUAAUUAGAACAUAAAAAAUAAAUGUUUUGUCAUAACCGUGGUAUACGGUCUGAUAUUCCACAGCUGUCAGCUAAUCAGCAGUCAGGGCUUGAACCACUCAGUUUAUAAUUACAAAUAAUUUGUGGACUGCAAAUUGACUGCAAUAAGCACAAACACACAUUUGACUAAAACAAUCAUUUCAAACCUUGCUUACAUUUGUAUACGAUCACGUGUCUAUUAUGCAUGGGUAUACUUGGGAACAGAUUUCUUAAAUCAAAGUCAGUUGGACCUAAUUUCCUAGUGUUUUUACAGUCUUAUGUAUGACAAUGUAAAAAAAAAUAUGUCAUUUUUUUUGUGCUCAGAAAACUCGGGCUGCUUGCCACCAGUUGGGAAACACUGUGUGGUAGCUCAUGGAGUGGGCCUCAUCAAAGCCUCAUGAAGACUGUUUGGACGCGUGCAAUACAACAUCACCAUAGGGACUGGGGUGUGUGUCAGCCAAUAGCGGUCCUGUGUGCAGGUUUUAGUUCCUACAUGUGUGUAGGAGCUUGGCUCAAUUAGGGGUUAGAUCAGUUUUUUGUUGUUUUUUUGACUUCAGUCUGGGCACCCCUGGGUUGUACAUUUCUGAUCUAGUACCUGUACUAGCACAACAUAUUUAUAGCCCUGUGUUAGUACAGGGCUUGACCAAAAAUGCGAAACCCUGGUGUUUCACUCAAGGACCAGAGUUGCGAAACACUGGAUGGGAAACCGAGAGAAACUGAAGGACUCCUCUUUCCUCCUUACUUUCUCUGUUUCUAUGUGUGUGUCACUCCACUGAGUGCUUCGUUUUGUUAUAUUUUGGUAUCUACUGAAUUCUCUUCUGUACUACACACACACAUACUACAUAUGUUUGGAGGCUUAUUAAAGUAAGAUUUCCCCUG